UUGCGCUGACGAUGUUGUUGGUCCGGACGGCAACCAUCCCGCUGCGGGUGCGCCAGAUCAAGGCCCAGAACAGGCUUUCUGCAUUGAAGCCAGAAAUCAUAGCAAUCAAUAAGGAAGGAGAUUCAAGGGACCCACAAUCGAGGCAUGAGAGGAGGAAGAAAUUGCGCGAGCUAUUAAAAAAGCAUGGUGUUAGUCGAUUGACACCCUUUAACCAUACAUUCCUCCAGGGGUCUAUAAUUUUAAGCUUUUGCUGUGCUAUACGGAACAUGAUAGAGGAAGUCCCUUCUUUGGAAGGAGGUGGAGCAUAUUGGUUUACUGAUUUGACAACUCCAGAUGAGCUUUACAUCCUGCCGGUGUUGACAUCAAUGACAGUUGCUGCGGACGAGCUCAAUGUGAAGGCGCGCAUCCAGCGACAACCUAUUAUUGUGCAGCAGGUGGGGAAGAACUUGAAUAGAGCACUGGCUUUUCUGAUUAUACCGCUAUCAAUGAUUGUCUGCAAGGCGCAUUUCUUUUGGUGGGUGCCAUGGAGUGCGUUUACUUUUGUGUAUGGAUUUGCUAUUCGGAGGCCAGCCGUGAGGCAUUACUUUGGUCUUCCUCACCUAGCAACACGGCCUGCACCUGCACCUGCACCUGCACCCGCGCAAGUGCCAGCGCCUGACCUUUCCGAGGGGACGGAGUCGAUGCCAGCGCCAACCUCUGCUAACCUUUCCGAAGGGAUGGAGCCGAUGCCAGCAGUUGAUUCGCCGCCUGCAGCAGCCAAGGGAUCCGUGCAUUCUAGCUCUGAGCCACGCGACAUGACUGAGAAGAAGAGGCGAACUCCAAGGGUGAUAACUAAUAGAUUGCGCGACGAUUGCUCCUCGAGCGAUGGGCAGUGAUCCCAAGGAGGACUCUAGCAAAGUUGUGUGUGACUGACUCCGGUGAUCUGUUGGGAGUUCAAUCGGGCCUGAGAUGCAGUUCUUUUUCUUUAGCCAUCCAUCUUAGACCGACCAGCCGGGCUUGACAUCUGUUUAAUUAUUGCGUGUUAGUUAGUAGGCCGGUAGUAAUUAUAAUUUUUGUAUUAUUGGGUGUUGACCAAUCAUGUGAGUUUAUCACUAGGGCAAUUCAACUGGGCACUCUAGUUUGGAUA